AAAAACCGCUCCACCCCCCGCUCGCUCACCAGCUCUCCACCAAGAGCUGACACCACCACUACCACCUAACGACGACUGAUUUGCAACGCGUCGUGCGCUACCACGUUGAGUUGAGGGCCUUCGGUUCUCGCAUCCCAGAUCUGCCGGGUCCUUCGAUCGGUCGCGCAAGAUGAAGAUCACGGUGCGUGGGUCUGUGAUGGUGUACCCGGCGACGGAGACGCCGCGGCGGCGUCUGUGGAACUCCGGGCCCGACCUGGUCGUGCCGCGGUUCCACACGCCCAGUGUCUACUUCUUCCGGCGGAAGGACCAGGACGGGAAGGACCUGGUGGGCGCGGACGGGAGCUUCUUCGACGGGGAGCGGAUGCGGCGCGCACUGGCGGAGGCGCUGGUGCCGUUCUACCCCAUGGCGGGGCGGCUGGCGCGCGACGAGGACGGGCGGGUGGAGAUCGACUGCAACGCGGCCGGGGUGCUCUUCCAGGAGGCCGACGCGCCCGACGCCACGGUCGACGACUUCGGCGACUUCGCGCCCACCAUGGAGCUCAAGCGCCUCAUCCCCGCCGUCGAGUACACCAACGACAUCUCCGCCUUCCCGCUCCUGGUGCUCCAGGUGACCCACUUCAAGUGCGGUGGCGUGGCGCUCGGCGUGGGCAUGCAGCACCACGUCGCCGACGGCUUCUCCGGCCUGCACUUCAUCAACUCGUGGGCGGACCUCUGCCGCGGCGUCCCGAUCGCCGUCAUGCCCUUCAUCGACCGCACCCUCCUCCGCGCGCGCGACCCGCCGAUCCCGUCCUUCCCGCACGUCGAGUACCAGCCCGCGCCCGCCAUGCUGUCCUCGGAGCCGCCACAGGCCCUCACGGCCAAGCCGGCGACGCCGCCCACCGCCGUGGCCAUCUUCAGGCUCACCCGUGCCGACCUCGGCCGCCUCCGUUCCCAGCUGCCCAGCGGCGAGGGCGCGCCGCGGUUCAGCACGUACGCGGUGCUGGCCGCGCACGUGUGGCGGUGCGCGUCCCUGGCGCGCGGCCUUCCCGCGGACCAGCCCACCAAGAUGUACUGCGCCACGGACGGGCGGCAGCGGCUGCAGCCGCCGCUCCCCGAGGGCUACUUCGGCAACGUGAUCUUCACGGCCACGCCGCUGGCCGAUGCCGGCACUGUGACGGCUGGGGUGGCGGAGGGCGCGGCCGUGAUCCAGGCGGCGCUGGACCGGAUGGACGACGGCUACUGCCGGUCGGCGCUGGACUACCUGGAACUGCAGCCGGACCUGUCGGCGCUGGUCCGCGGCGCGCACACGUUCCGGUGCCCCAACCUGGGGCUCACCAGCUGGGUGCGCCUCCCCAUCCACGACGCCGACUUCGGGUGGGGGCGGCCGGUGUUCAUGGGCCCCGGCGGCAUCGCCUACGAGGGGCUCGCGUUCGUGCUCCCGAGCUCCAACCGCGACGGCAGCCUGUCGGUGGCCAUCUCGCUGCAGGCCGAGCACAUGGAGAAGUUCCGCAAGCUCAUCUUCGACUUCUGAUUUCAUUUCUCCACAGAAAUUAAUACACGCAGCAGAAAAGAAGCAAAUCGAUAGGGCAAGGGUGAAUUCACAGCAUAGAUGGCAGCAAGAUUCUUUGAUUUGCACACGUAGUUCCUGCACAUUUUUCAUUCCUGCGGCCCGCCCCCUUUGUGCGGGAUCGAUGUACACGUUUGUGCCGUAUUUAAGAGACUGAACAAUUGUAUGAUGAAUAAUUUAAUCCAUACAAUUCCGAUCGAUUAAUAAUCCAUACAACUAAAGAUGAGAACAAUUGUACGAUUAA